UCAAUAUUAUGCAUAUCUGAAAAGAAGAGAUACUAUAACAGACGAGCUAGCCAACACAAAUUAACAGAAAAGGACUUCAAAGUGAUGGAUCAAAUGACUUGUCAAUCUAGUUCAUUGAUGCUAGCACAUGUUAACCAUAAAUAAUUUACUUUGACUAAGAAAUUGUAAGGAUUCAUAUUUUGUGAACUUUGAAAGGCACAGAGGCAUAUGAUAAUCCGUCGAUCUCGUUCUGUAAUAAAAAGAGUUAAGAUGUUAACGUUUCCCUUCAUAGGUAAUUAAAAAAAGAAAAGGACGACUUUGUUGUAUCCGGGGGCAUAAAUGAUACAAUUGAAAACCUAAGUAGUCUAUCAAGUAAAGGUGAAGGACCACGAUUCUAAUUUUCCCAAAACUAAGAAAUAUUCCUUUAUAGUUCGUAAUCGCAGGUUCCGUCCCUCGAUUCGGUCGAAAUGCCCAUAUUUUCAAGACCCAUCGUCCCUCGAUCACGCAUCAAAAACAGACUCUUGGUCCUCUCCACCCUUCUCUCUCUCACCCUCCUCUUCUACCUCAACAACCGCGGCCCCGCCCUUCCCGCCGCCACCUCCGCGGCUGUCAAUUUCCCUCCUUCUCCUCCUCCUCCACUUUCCGUUCACGACGUCCUCUUCUCCAUUGCUUCCUCAUCCUCCUCACUCCCCCGCCGAAUUCCUUAUAUCCGUCUCUGGUGCGAUCCUAUUUCUGUCCAUAACAACACCUUCAUCUUCCUAGACAGGCCCACAACUGAAGCCACAAAUCCUUCCUCGAUUCCCCCUAUUGUACUCUCCUCCAAGUCCUCCCCCAAUCUCCCAUCCGGUUACCGCAUUGCCCUCAUCGUUAAAGAUGCUGUUACCCUCGACAUCCCAAAUAUUCACUGGUAUGUUUUCGGGGACGAUGACACUGUCUUUUUCACUGAGAAUUUAGUAAGAAUUUUGUCCAAGUACGAUCACAAUCGGUGGUACUACAUUGGCUAUGGCUCUGAGAGCUUUGAACAGAAUGAUAAAUUCUUCUUUAAUAUGGCUUUUGGGGGCGGUGGGUUCGCAAUUAGUGCACCGUUGGCCAGGGUUUUGGCUCGGGUUCUUGACUCUUGUCUUGAUAGGUACCCCCAUUUGUAUGGCAGUGACGCUCGGAUUUUUGCGUGCUUGUCGGAGCUUGGGGUUGGGUUGACCCCUGAACCCGGGUUUCAUCAGGUUGAUGUUCGGGGAAAUCUGUUUGGAUUUCUAGCAGCCCAUCCAUUAUCGCCGCUUCUAUCACUUCAUCAUAUGGAAGCAGUAGAACCAAUCUUUCCUGGUAUGAGCAGGAUUCAAUCUUUGGAACACCUUUUCAAGGCCGUACAAGUUGAUCCAGCUAAGGUUCUACAACAAACUGUUUGCUAUGACCACGCUAACUCAUUAACCAUUUCAAUUGCAUGGGGAUAUGCUGUUCAAAUAUAUGAGGGAAACAAACUUCUUCUGGAUAUCCUCUCACUGCAGAAAAGUUUUAGACCAUGGAGGAGGGGCAAAAAUGUGGAUUCAAGCCACUAUAUGUUCAACACUAGAGAAUUCCCUAGGGAUCCAUGCAAAAGACCUGCUGUUUUCUUCAUGGAUACUGUUGUUUCUGACACGAAUCAGGUCUGGACCAGCUACACCAAACGUGAUGUUGACAGUUGUGUUAGACUGAAAGCCAUCGAGAAACUAAAAGUUAUAAGAGUUUUAUCACCAAAGCUAGAUUUUGACAUUGAGCAGCUGAAGACACCCCGUCGUCAUUGCUGUGAUAUUUCUCCAUCUUUUGAUGAAAAAAUGGUAGUACAAAUUAGGCAAUGUGGGAUGGAUGAACUGGUUACAAUGCGGACAUAGAAAUUUAUCCAGAUCCAAUUCUAAUGAGAUAAGAGAUAGCAGCUGAUUGCUUGGAAACUUGGAACGGACUGUCGAUUCUGUAGUAAGAUCCGCACGCACCACAUUCAAUUUGUACGUCCCAUUUGAGAGUCGGGCUUGUUAUCUUCGUUACAUGUUCACUUUUUGAUAGAUAUUUUUCGGUAUGAUAGACAGUUUAGAUGGUUUGACUGAACAUUCUGCAACCAAUGUACAAUAUUUAUUGUUUUUAAUAAAAAUUGAUCUGUCUUUUGGAUUGUUUA